UCUUUAAUAAAGAGAGGAGUCAUUUCUCAAACCAGUUUUAAGACAUUUUUAAAUCCAUAUUUCAACCUCGCGCCAAAGUAGCUGCGUUGUUUCCGGCGCGGCCCUCCAAGCAGCCGGAAGUAGCGAUCUCCAUGGAAACCCCCCCAUCACAAACUUGCCGUCGGUUGUUUAUAGACAGAAACAUGACUACAGACAGAAACAUGGCUACAGACAGCGAGUUCAGCAAAUACGAUGCGACGCGUCUGCAGGAGGAGCUGGAGCAGGAGAAGGAGAUGAGGGAAAUGCUGGAGGAGUCGGUGAGUGACCUGCGGGGAACCAUGCGGGAGCUGCAGGAGCGACUCCACAGUGUGGAUGGAGAGGGUAACGAGUGGAAGACGAGGUAUGAGACCCAGACUGAGCUCAACGGACAGCUGGAGAGACAGAUCUCACUCAUUCACGAGAGACUGGAGGACCUGCGAGGGAACCCCAUGGAUCGAUUGGCUUCCAUCCGGUCUUAUGAUGACAUGGCAGUAGAAACACUGAGGCAGCGUCUGAAGCUCCUGAGCGAAGAGAAGUGCGACCUCCAGACUCAGCUGAUGGACUGUCACCUCAGAACCGAACAGGAGGGAAAGGCAUUUCAUAAAACCAACGACGAGAGACGGGCAUAUCUUUCAGAAAUUGCCAAGCUGUCCUCCACCAUCGAGGCCCAACGAAGACAGUACUCCACCCGGCCACAAGGGGCGCUAGAAAGCAAACUGAGGAGCUCAGUGAGGCACAACAGAGGGAAGCAGAGCAGCAGGAAUGCAGAGGCUCAUCCUAAGAAAGGAAAAGAAAGAGAAGAAGAAGGUGGAGGAGGAGCGAACGUGAAAGGAGGUGGCUGUGGAGCAGCAACAGCAGGGAGGAGAGAAGAGGACAGGUCCCAAAGGGGGAACAGGUUACCCACCAUAAAGCACUGUACCUGAAACCCAGUCCCUGACCCAGACCUGAUGCUAGAGGCCCUUUCUCUAAAUACAGUAAAUGUUGAUCUAUUCUACGUAUGAUGGACUGAUGGCAGAAGACAUUUUCUAUAUUCUUUUUUAUUUGUGCAUUUAAUUUUGUAUUUUGUACACGUCUGUCUGAUUCAUAUGUUUUUGUAAACCUUUCUCACAUAGAGAUGGCAGAUAUUACAAGCUUUGAGCGCAGUGAGGUCAUAUCCAAACACAUCUCCUACAACUUCCAUUACGUAAGCAGCAGCAGCAGCACAUCCACCUCUCACACAGUAUGUAGUUCAUCUGCAGAGCAACAACCCCCCCACCCCCCCGUACUGCCCACCGACCACCUCUACAGAUGUGGGAGGAAGAAAUCUGUGUCCAAGUAGUGAAUAUGAAAAUUGCCAGGAGCUGUUUCAUUGGUGUUUUGUGGAGCAGUGCGGAGGAUGGGUUCAGUUCCUGUCAGGUUCAAAACUCCGAGCUGAAACAGCAUCUCCUUUCUGAGGACAGAGUCUCACAGGCAAUACCAGCAAGAUUUCAUCAAUUUGAUUAAUUUGAUCUCAUGCAUAUAACACUUUGGGUUAAAAAGCAAAGAAAACCAUUUUUUUUCCCCAAGCUGACCUUUAAACCACAUAUACAGAUAAAUGAAAUGUUGCAACUAAUUUGGAUUUUGUACCUCAAACAUGGUUCAAUCACUUAGUCAUUUAUUUGUUCAUUCAAUAAAAGUACUCCAGAGUCAGUGACUGCUCUAAUAGCUACAGGAGACUUUUCUUUGUGUUUGCUUCACUCAUCUAAAAUCCCUGCAGCAGCACAGAGUGAAUUCAGUUUUCAGGUGAACCAUCCUGAAUGUGCUGCUGCCGCGGUGGUGACGGGUUGUUUAUCUCGGAUUAAUGACUCCAUGAUGUUGCCUCAUGAGAGAGAGAGCGAGCACAUUUGCGGCACACUGCUCUCUGCCUCCGUCUUCAAGCUCACGUUACUACAACUCCGUGCUUGCUGCCCCCCCCCCCCUCUCCUCCUCAGGUGAAACGUGGUGACAAAUCAAUACACCAUGUGUCAAAGCAAGAAUCACACUAUUGCUGCCUGCCCGUGUUAAUUCAGUUCUCUCUGCACUCACCAUGCUGCAAAAUAAAUGUGUAUAUGCAGUGUGUGUGUGUGUGUGUGUCUGCAGAAGACAAGUGUAGAUGUGAAAUACCACAUCACAAUACUUGUGAAUUGAAUAUUCCGACUUUUACAGCCAUCCCCACGUUCACACAUUGUUUGCUGUCCAAACUUGUUGUUGCAUAAAGACGCAAUGAUUACCGACAGCAUCUGUCAACAGUCUGAGGGGACAGUCUUUGAAAUGUCUCUCCUGAGCUCUAAAAGUAAGACAUAUUUAAUCUUGCAUGUGCUGAAUUGUGUCUUAACGUGUGUUUUUGUUUUUAGUGUAUCGCUGAAACAACUAUUACAAUAACAAAAUUGGAAGUCGUGAGUCAAG